AUGAACUCUGUGCUGCCGAAACUGGCGCCUCCGCGCAGUCCAAGCGGGCUCCGCAUCCGCUUCAAGGGCCCGAAGCCCCCUUCUGUGCCAGCCCCCAACUCUGACCAAUGCUCGAAACGGACCCUUAAUGCUUGUAAAAGCUUCAACCGGAACAGAUUUGCAGACAACGGAAUUCAGAAAUCUGGUGAUGAUAAAUGUGUUGCCGGAUCUGCAAAGAUACCAGAGAUGACCUCUAAGGGUUCCAUGAAGCUUCCAUCUGGAUUUGUUGAGCAGAAGAAAUUCAAGGCGAACACUCUUUGCAGGCGCAGGUGGAUUGGAUGCCAUACUGCUACCAAAGUAAGGAAGAGAACCCAUUUGUCUCUUGGAUUGCCGACCUCUAGUAAGUUAAAAAGAUCAAAGAGAUCGUCAUCAGCAGAAAGAAGACCAUCAAUUGAUGAUCUACCUGACCUUGUAUUGGUUGAAAUCCUAUGCCGACUUCCAUGCAACAAAUUUGUUUUUCAAUGCAAGUCUGUGUCCAAGCGUUGGUGCACCCUCAUCGCAGAUCCUUAUUUUAUUGGCCGCUUUGUAAGUAUCAAAAGUUAUAAGAGAACUCCAAAGAUAUGCACUUUGAUAACCAAAAUUGCAGUGGAAUUCCCUCUUUUAGUGUCGUCCCCACCCAUUAAUCUACUAACUCCGGCGCUCAAAGGAUUCCCGGGUGUCCACAGUUUGAUGGAAAAGCCAGUUGUGGUAGCAAUAUAUAAUGACUUAGUUUUGUGCUGCAUAACCGAGGAUUAUCAACGCGAUUACUACAUUUGCAAUGCAUACACCAUGCAAUAUGCUGAACUUACUCCCACCCCAAGUCAAUGUCACAAGAGUGUGCGGGUAGGAAUCAUCUGCAAUGUUCCUGACUAUAAAUUUGAGGAAGAUGAUUGGAAAGGAAACAACAUCCAUCUUAAUGUUGAGUGUAGGUUCACGGUUGUGAGAAUUCUUCCUCCUGUUGAAUAUGCAAACGAUGAGAAGAAAGGUGAUAUGUUCAAAUUAAACGUGGAGAUCUUCUCCUCUGCCACUGGUGAGUGGAGAGAAUCAGUCGUCUCGUCCCCACGACAUUUCAAUUUUGGUGACCUCAAUGUGUUCUCCUUUGCAUACAAUGGAAUGUUAUAUUGGCCAACAGACCGCGGCCUUAGUGUUAUUGUUGGUUUGGGUCCAUUCUACGACAAUGAUGGAACUAGUAGCAGCAGCAGUAAUAAUGGUGAUCAUAAACUGCGCUUCACCGUAUUUGAGGAGACUCUAGACUUUGGUUUUACGGUUCAGUACUUAGGUGUGUGCGGAGGAUAUAUGUGCUAA